GAUAUACUAUAAUGAUUUGACAGAACUGUUUUAUCUUUACCCCCAAUUAUCAAUGGUGCACAUUCAGCCAUCACUCUGGAGACUAAGAAUGUAUUGAUUGAAUGUACUGCUACUGAUCUGACAAAGGCGAAGAUUGUUUUAAAUAUAAUGGUGACAGCCUUCUCAGAAUAUUGUGAAAAUAAGUUUGUCAUUGAACCAGUUGAAGUGAUUUCUUCCGAUGGAAAGUCACACAUAUAUCCUGAUUUAUCUGUCUACAAUAUGGAAGUUUCUCUAUCUUACGUUACUGGAUUGACUGGGGUAUCAUUGGAGGCAGAAGAGGUCACUAAGCUCUUAAAUCGGAUGCAAUUGCAAGCUGAACAGUCUACAUCUGACAAUAAGCAGUGUAACUUUGUUGUAUCUGUACCUCCCCAUAGAAGUGAUAUUCUUCACCCGUGUGAUGUUAUGGAGGAUGUUGCAAUUGCUUAUGGAUUCAAUGCUAUCAAGGAUAAAGCAGUAGUAGAUAAUCGGGGCUCAAAGAGAUUGGCUACUUCCUUGACAAUGCUUCCUCUGAAUGAGCUUAGUGAUCUUAUCAGAAAAGAGGUCGCAAUGAUUGGGUUCACAGAGGUCUUGACAUUUAUACUUUGCUCUAAAAGGGAAAACUUUGCCUUGCUAAACCGCAAAGAUGAUAAAUCUAAAGCAGUCGUCAUUGGAAACCCUAGGUCUUCAGACUUUGAGGCUGUCCGGACUAGUCUUAUGCCUGGUAUUUUGAAAACUGUUGCUCACAACAAGGAUCAUCCAAAGCCCAUAAAGAUUUUUGAAGUGGGUGAUAUAGCAAUUUUGGAUGACAAAAAUGAUGUUGGCGCAAAAAAUCUUCGCCAACUUGCUGCACUGUACUGUGGUGCUAAUGCGGGAUUCGAGAUAAUUCAUGGCUUGGUGGACAGAGUAAUGGAAAAGAAUGGUGUUCCCUUUGUUUCACCUGGUGAUAAAGCAGGUUAUUAUAUUGAGCGGUCAGAUGAGCCUGAGUUUCUUGCUGGUAGACAAGCUAGAAUCAUUUACAAGGGAAAGCACAUUGGCACUUUUGGCAUUGUUCAUCCAGAGGUAUUAAACAACUUCGACAUUCCGGAUCCCUGCUCCUUUGUUGAACUUAAUAUUGAAAGUUUCAUAUAAAGAUUAUUUGUAGCAAAUGUAAGUGUCUCCAUCCUAAACUAUUUCAGUCUGCGAUGAUGCAAAUGCAGUUUGUAUUUUCUCAUUGCUGUUGCGCUUCUACGUCUUUCACCCCCCCUUCCCCCAACUACUACACCACCUCCUUCCUCUUGUAAUUUUUGUUAGGCUGAUAUUGAUCUCCCUGUAGGUAGUCAUUUUCCCCCCUCGUUUUUUUUGAAAUUAUUGUUCUUUCAAGCUCGGAAUCAAGAUGCUCAACUGCUUGAGUGAUUAUUCAAAUUCUUUGAGCUUAAAUGUAACUUUAUAUGUCCGAGAUGAGGGGUGUUUGUAUCAUUUUCUAUACUCAAGUUUCUCCGUUUCAUAUGUUUAGAACAUCAAAAGCAAUGAAUUACCUGAUAGGGAUAAUUUCAACCGUGAACUUUAGAGCUAUUGUUGAAAACAGUUGAAUUUGGCCUUAAAACAGACAGGAUAUUGAUAC